AUGGAGAAAAGCGAGUCUCUGUUGCCCUAUGCAAAUGCAACCUUUUCAUCACCCCCUAAAGAUAAGAAGCAUUUUGUGCUAGUUCAUACGGCAUUCCACGGAGCAUGGUCCUGGUACAAGAUUGUGGCAUUGAUGAGAUCUUCGGGGCAUAAUGUAACAGCUCUUGACUUGGGUGCUUCAGGGAUCAACCCCAAACAGGCCCUUGAAAUCCCAUUUUUUUCUGAUUACUUGAGUCCGCUAAUGGAGUUCAUGGCUUCACUUCCCGCAGAUAAAAAAAUAGUUCUUGUAGGUCAUGCCUUUGGUGGACUCGUCAUUUCUAAAGCCAUGGAAACUUUCCCAGAAAAGAUUUCAGUUGCUGUAUUUGUCACUGCUCUAAUGCCUGGUCCAAAUAUCAAUGCAGCCACCCUUUACACUAUGGUAGUCAGUGCAGUAAGCACUCAACUUGAUAAUCAUGUUACAUACGACAAUGGACCUACAAAUCCUCCAACCACCCUCAUCUCAGGUCCAAAGUACUUGGCAACUAAUUUUUACCAGCUGAGUUCGAAUGAGGAUUUGGCACUGGCCACUACACUAGUAAGGCCAUUUUAUUUAUACAACGCGGAAGAUGUUUCUAAGGAGAUAGUUCUUACAAGGAAAAGAUAUGGAUUAGUUAGGCGAGUGUUUAUUGUUGCUGCUGAAAAUAAUGCCCUGACAAAGGAAUUUCUAAAAUUGAUGAUUGAAAAGAAUCCAUCAAAUGAAGUGGAAGAGAUCCAGGGCUCCGACCACAUGAUGAUUAUGUCUAAGCCCAAACAACUUUUUACUACUCUUCUGAGCAUUGCCAACAAGUAUAGCUAA